AUGGCAAACGAUAAACAACGUGGCUUUGUUGCCCUACCGCCGCCGAGACACGAACUAAAACCAUUCACACAUGCUCCCCUCGAUCACCUUAAAGCUUCGCUUCGAUUGAUCCGUGUCCUUGAAGCGAUAUCACCCGAAGGCUACAUUCAGUGUGAGGUUCGCCAUGCAACCAUCGAGGCGUCCUAUAUCUGUCUCUCAUAUGUAUGGGGUGAGGAGGGAAGAGGACAUACUAUAAUCCUUGACAAACAACCCUUCCGCAUUCGGAGCAACCUCUAUGGUUUUCUAGUCACAGCGAGACGGAAACGAAGGCUGUUAGAAAACUGGUUGUGGGUCGAUGCGCUGUCAAUUGAUCAGACCAAUGUUGAGGAGCGCAAUCAUCAAGUGCAACAAAUGGGAAAGAUCUUUUCUCGAGCUAAGGAGGCGCUGUCGUGGCUUGGAAAUAAUUCUGAGAUUGCUGCACAUCUAGACAGGGUUGAGCAAGCGUACAUCCAAGGAUCAAAUGUUGAUCUAGACCAUCAUCGCGGAACCAUCGAAUAUCGUCAACGACUCGAAUUCCAUCAAUCUGAGUACUGGAGGCGGGCCUGGAUUACACAGGAAGUGGCGCUUGCAUGUCAGGUUACUUUAUGUGCCGGGCUUGCGGAGAUGACCUUUGAACUAUUACCUUUAUCGUAUUUUGACGGCAUGCCGCCGACUCAAAAACUUCAAACCAGAGGAAGAACUGGGUUGAAGGGUCGAAGUCUCAUCUACUUGAUCAAUUGGUUUGCGGCCAAGGAAUCACACGAACGUCGAGACUGCAUUUAUUCCCUGCUCGCUCUAUGUGGCGAGGGUUCCGACCUCCAGGUUGACUAUAACAGCUCAGAGACGAUGCUCACGAGGAAGAUAAUGGAGUGCUGCAACCAAUCAUUCUGCUUGUGUGCAAUUAAAAUCGUUGUGUGGACAUUAGGCCUCCAUCGACCCGAUUUCUAUGAUGUCGGUACCCAAAGCCUGGAUCUAACCUCGGAACCUUUCGCCUAUAUGACACUGCCUGUCAUACGAGGAGCUCCGCCUUUAUGGACACACUGUUCUGAAUUGGAUGAAACUUCCGACUCUGAGCCCACCCGAUGUAAUCAGCACGCUGUUCUCUCCUGUAUUGAGCUUUCGCGUGAGGAAAAAAUGGCGGUCUUUGUUAGCUCCAAAGGUGACAUCUUACUCGUCCUGUUUCCUAAGCAGAUCUGCCCAUCAUCUUCCGCAGCACUCUUCGAGAUCCAGAUGAUUGCGGGCGCUUCUCACUCUACACUAGUUGCGUGCGACGUGUAUGGAAGAAAGACGACGAAAUCUCUAGUGAAUGGUAUCAGUCUGAAACUUGAUUUGAGAUCAAUGGACGAACUCUGCCAAGUCUUCUUUUCUUUCAAACUCUUGCUCAAUCUUAUACACGGAUUGUAUUUCCCUAGCGUAUGCCAUCGUGUCCAAUUCCAGGGCACUCAGGAUAUACAGUUCCUAAGAGAGCCUUUGAUUCGGUUAUGCUCGUAG